CGAGGAGUGGAAGUCUCAGUCUUCCAGGCUCUAAGUCCCAAAUGGAUAAUCAGAUCGGAUAAACAGAUCUUUCUCUUCACUGUGCCCUGUGACAUUUUGAGUGGAUUUGAAGAAAGAAAAAAAAAAUGCUUUAAAUAUGGAACGAUUUCUCUUAUCAUAACUUGCAGUGGCUGUUUUCUCACGCAACUCUCCCGGUAUUUUUGCCGGUGUCGAGCAGGAAGUGGGAUGGGCCGUGUGCUUUUGAUCGAGCCGGCAGUUGGCCUGUAUGCGUUUGCCAUGUUUAUGAUCUACCCUCUGCUGCAGCAGUAUGUGUACCGUAGGCUGUGGUUUGAGCUGAGUGGCACGACUUACCCUGCUGAGAGCCUGUCUCACUGCUCAAACAACCACAGCUAUGUCACCAUUCACCAGGCAGUGCAGAAGGAGACCUCAAUUUUCCUCUUCAAGAGUGAACUGUGCUUUCUCAUUCCCAGCCUCAUUUCCGCGUUGCUCCUGGUCUCAUACAGUGAUUACUGCGGGCGUAAAGUUGCCAUCGUUCCUCCUCUGGUGGGCGACACUCUGUUCGCCCUCUGCUAUGCUUUGGUCAGUAGAUUCUCCUUCAGUCUCAAUUACUUGUUAGCUGCCUCCUUCCUCUCGGGCCUGAUGGGCGGCCCCACCACUCUGAUCGGCGGAUGUUUCGCCUAUGUGGCCGACCUCUGCGGAGAAGAUCUAGAAGGACAGAAGACUGUCCGAAUGGCUCGGCUGGACAUGAUUUUAGGGGUUUUGACUGGCUUAGCUUCUCUGUGCACUGGAUUCUACAUCAAAGCUGCCGGCUUCACCUGGCCCUUCCUCACCGCGGCCUUUCUGCAUCUGGUAAACCUCUUCUAUGUGCUGGUGGUCUUGAAGGAGUCCCUGGUUCUUCCAAAUCCCAGUUUGUCUUCAUCUGGGGCUUCUGAAGCCCCUCGACUGAGCCAGUCUCAGGCUCUUACUGUGCGUCUGCAGGGCGUCUACCUGCUCUUUGCGGCCUCGAAGCGGAGAAGGAACAUUGUGCUGUUGCUCAUGCUGGCUGCUUUUGCCUUUUUCAGGGUGAUUAUGAUCAUCCUGGCAUUAUUCACACGCUCCAUCUGUUUGUGGUACAUCAGAAGUCACAGUGAAGUGCUUUUAGUGGCACCAAACGGAAAGACACAUUUAAGAAAUAAUGGAUGCUUCCAAACAAGUUAUAUUGACAAUAUUGAAAAUAUUUCUACUUCAAUUAAGCGCUCCUCUUUUGAAUUGUCUCUUCUUUAUCAUUACUGUCCCUCACAGGUAGCCCUGCAGGGUGGCAUGUCCAUCUUCAUCUUGUAUGAGCUGAACACUCCUCUUUGUUGGAGUGAGGUGUUUGUGGGUUAUGGCUCGGCUCUCUCCACUGCCAUCUAUCUGGUGAGUUUCGCCGGUGUGACGCUGCUGUCCCGCUAUCUGCCUGAACCCUACAUCAUCCUCCUGGGGCUGAUGUCUGUGGCAGCCGGCCUUAUCAUGGCAGCGUUUGCGAAGUCUACCCUGCUCAUGUUCCUGGUGAGGUUGCCUUUGCUGCUAUCCAUCAUGCCAACUCCUGUCUUACGAUCCAUGAUGUCCAAAAUAGUGUCUGGGUCUGAGCAAGGUGCCAUGUUUGCGUGUGUAGCCUUUGUGGAGAUGCUGAGUGUUGGUGUCGCAUUUACAAUGUUCAGCAGCAUCUAUGCAGCUACACUGUCCUGGUUCUCCGGGUUUAGUUUCCUGCUGGCUGCAGGCCUAACUCUCAUACCAGCUACCCUGAUCUGUGUUAUUCUUUGUCUCCGUCUGGAUGUGUAUGAGGAAUCCAUCAUACUGACAGAAGAGAUGAUGGAGAACCACCCAGGAAUCUUAGAACUACCACCAUAACAUGGACAGACACCGGGAGCUCAUUUCCUCUAACUCUUUGGCACAAUAGUGUCCUCUAGUGGGACGUUAGAAAACACUUGUGUGAACAGAGGAGAGGUGAAAAAUCUGGAACCAAGAACUUUGAUGAGUGUAGAUGUUCUUAGUUUCUUUUUGGGAUCAGAAUGAAUAGCUGUUUAAGGUUAGAUGAAGAACAGCUGGAAGACACGUGGGUGAAAAUGACUUUAAAUGUUUAAAAAAUAUAAAAUCAGUUUUUAUUUCAGUUUAUUUAACUUCAUGCAUACACUGUAUAUAUAAUUGGCAUUUGAAAGUUGUUACAUGUUGAUAUAUGUUCUAAAAUAUGAUAUUGAUAUUGUAUUUUUUUUUAAUAAAUCAUUUGUAAACCCGUGUAAACUUUGGGAAUACUCAGCGAUCAUUUCUUUAUGAAGGGGCUUAUGAUGUCCAUGGGUAGAGGGAAGA